AUUCUUCGAUUGUCCAUGGAACCGAUAACUGAUCAGCGUAAAGCCUCAACUAAUUCAUUGGCUUGUUCAGGGUCGGGUAAUACCCAUGACACCUGAUCCGAUGACCAGAAGUUUCCGUGGCUGUCAGAAGUCAAGGGCUGUAUUGCAGCUGCUGUAUCAUAUGUACGUUCUCGAAUUGGUUGGAAGCUUCUACCAUGAUCCACCACUGUCCAGCAGCUUCAUGCAACCACGAGCAGCCAACAGACUCGCGAUGCCACCUAAUUUCGUACGAUUUUGAUGCAAACAUCACGUAGUAGACCUCGCUUAAGGUUUGCCAAUGCUUCCGUAGUCCUCUUCUGCAGUCGUGCGAUUUCUAGAACCCCCAAGCGGUAGGAUCCGUCGACCUUUCGCGAAAGGCAAGGAAACUCCCAUCUCGAUCAUAUCUUCCUCAUCAAUGGGUAUAAAGCAAGGCUUCCCUUCCCCCCAAAGCUGGACUUCAUUCUUCAUCAGAACACACACAAGCAAACAAACACAAGCAAGACACUCUACAACAACGAUAACCACAACUUUAUAACUCUCUUUGCACACUACAACCAUCUCUUUCUCAUACACACUCUUCAACACAUCAACACAAACACAAUGGCUUUCUUCCCUCGCAACUUCUACAACUCCGAUGCUUCCUUUACUCCCCUCUUCCGUCUCCUCGACGACUUCGAUAGCUACUCUCGUCAGGGACAACAGAACGGCGGUACUCGCCGAAGCGGCCUCACCCACUGGCAGCCCAAGUUCGAUGUCCGCGAGACUGGCGAAGCCUACGAGCUCCAUGGAGAGCUCCCCGGCAUGACCAAGGACAACGUUCACAUCGAAUUCACUGAGCCUCAGACCAUGACCAUCCGCGGCAAGACUGAGCGCACAUACACUGCCGGCACUCCUCCCGCUGGCCUCGUCGAGGGCUCUCAGCCCCAAGGCGCCAUUGCUGAGGGCGAGGGUAACGAUGAGAACAAGAACUCUCACCACGCCAAAGUUGAGGACGAGGCCGAGGCCAAAGCUCACGAGAGCACCGAAGUCACCCACCACCAACAGUCCAAGGAGGUCGAGAAGAAGCCCGGUGAUCAAUCCAAGUACUGGCUCACCGAGCGCACCUUCGGCGAGUUCUCUCGCAGCUUCAACUUCCCCACUCGUGUCGACCAGGACAACGUCUCUGCCAAGUUUAAGGACGGUAUCCUGAGCAUUGUUGUUCCCAAGGCCAAGAAGCACGAGUCUCGCCGCAUCAACGUCGAAUAAACGCGACAACACACCACAACCCGGAAUCUUGACGACCUUAUUAUCCAGCUCUCAGAUUUCGCGACAGGUCAAGAUCAGUAAUGACUCAUCUUUACGACUUUAGCAUUGCAUGGAUCGGUGUUGGGAAGUUUCUUAGCAUGAAAUAGCAUUGUAGGCCUGGCUUGGUCAUUCGCUCCUUGUACAACAGCAACUAAUAAUUCAACUGCUUUUACAAACAACUUCCCAAACAUUCAUAAAAAAUCAAGUGACAUAUUCCGUAUUAUUUAUUUGCCUGUGACAAUAUAUACAUAUAUAUACUGCGAUAUCCACCAAGUUAUUAACGCUUAACACUGCAAUAGUAUUAGUUACACCUCAAUUACCUUCUCUCUAGAGAAGGCACGAAAACUUAAGGACCUAUAUCCUAAGCGACAGAAUGGUUCAGGCAAGCUUAGUGUAAAUUAAUGGAUUUUAAGAUUUGUAAUUUUCGGCGAUAUCAUUAAAUGUCAGAGGUUUCCUUGCUCCUUCAGGACUAUGUACUUACUAUUAAUCAAGACAGCCAAGUAGACAGGGGGCUCAAGGGUAGCAGACGGA